UAUAUUUACUGAAAUCUCAACCCUUUCCGGCCUCCUCCAGUCCUCUGCAUCUCCGACUCAGGAAUCAACCAUGAUUUUGAAUGGCAACGCUGUUCAUAAAUCCCACUAUGACAUCCUAGGUGUUGAGGAAGACGCAAACUAUGAAGAUAUUCGUGCAGUUUAUCGAUCUGCCAUCCUUAGUUUCCAUCCCGAUAAGCUGCACAGUACUUCGGACUCAUCCCCUUCCGAGCGUGAGACAGAGAACAGGUUCUUAGAGAUACAAAAGGCUUGGGAAAUCCUUAGCGAUCAAAGAUCACGCACAAUCUAUGAUAACGAGUUGCGUAGUUUGAGACAGGAUGCAGCAACCUCUGAAGACAUUGGCGUAGAUGAUCUCAAAAUUGAAGCUGCCGGUGAUGUUCUUGAGCUCUCUUACCCCUGUAGGUGUGGCGAUUUCUACGUGAUCGAUUCUUUGGAUUUGGCGGAUAUAGGGUGUCCAUUGGUGAGGGAUGGAAGAAAAAUGUUUAUAGAAACAUCAAAAGAUUUGCCAGCAUCUGUUGUUCUUCCCUGUGGCUCCUGCUCUCUCAAAGUUCGAUUAUUGAUAAGUCCAAACACCAGGCUUGAGUUAGAUGAUACAGAUUUCUGAAUCUUUCAAAAUGGCACAUUCAUCUUUUAGAAAGAGUUAUUUAUCACUGAGGAGCAUUUUUUUAGAGCACACAACUAUAUUUUUGUAUUACAUUUAGCAAGUUUCACUUUUUUUUUUUUUUUCGGUGGUGGCAAGAGAAACCUGCAACUACCACCCAAGAGUGUAUAGUGGGUAAAUCCCGCUCUUAUGUAAUAGUCAGCAAACUACUCAAGAAAGGUAAACCACAUUAGAUUAUUAGAAAUAUAUAUUUUUUUGGGAGUUUGAAUCA